AUGUCGCGCUGGGUGAAUGUAGCGGACAUGGAAACAUUAUACCCUCAUAUAUGGGAGGCGCUCACGCAUCCAUACAUCCGGCAGUUUCUAAAGAGUUUUUUUCUUGUGCAGGGUGUGUAUCAGCUGUUUGCCUGCACGUUGGUGGCAGGCAAGAGCGAUGAGCAGCAGCGCAAACGGUCCUGGAUCAUUACCACCUUCGCGGCAUUUUGCUCUUCGAUGAUGUCGAUUCCUUUUGUUUUUGAUCUGUUCUGGUGCCAUCUCGACUGGCGCCGGGUGACAGAGCAUCGAGAGACGAUCGCGGACCCCUUGACCCUCUUUUUCAUGGCAUACUUGUCGUGCGAUCUUGUCACAGGCGUGUUUUGCUACCGAAAGUUUGUCAACUUGUCAAGUGGAUGGAUUCAUCAUAUCGUGUACUUUCUCUUCUGCAUGUACUGGAUCCAGAAGGGAUGGUCCCACUGCUUUGCCAUCAACUUGUGCAUGGAGCUGCCGACUUGGAUUAUGGGCAUUGGCACGCUCAAGCCGCGUUUUCGCUCCUACUGGGCCUUUACCACAUCGUUCCUCAGCACGCGCAUACUCUUGCAUUUGAUCAUCAUUUAUUCACUGUCCGUGCCCUCUGGCAACCAUGUGAACAAGGAGGUGCCUAGCAAGAUGCCGCUCCUUUUCGCAGUACUGGCGUUUCCUAUGCAUGUGAUUUGGGCGUACAAAAGCGUACGUGGCUUGCGGCGUCGUAUGAAGAAACUCGCAGAAGAGGCCAAGGCUCGUGAAAAGGCGCGUCUCGCGGCCAUCGAUGAGGCCACGCGGCUCCUCGACAGUGCCGAUGAAUUGGAGCUGGGACACGACGACACGAGGUUGGCAGGCGCGCCUUCCACUCGCGUCACCCAUCGCAGUAUGCAUGCCAAGGCACGCGCUAUGCAACUAGUGUCCAAUGCUGCGUAUGUCUUGUGGCACAGUGCACCUGAGGCUUGGCGCCAGGCGUACCGCGAAGAGCUGGACUUUAACAAGAAGCAAGGCAUUGAUCCCAAGGACCUCCGGCGGAGUGCACUCGUGCGUCGCGCCUUGGCUCGUCAUCUGCUGCAUGGCAACAAGCGUGGGCACAAUGUCCCACUUGUCAAAGAGGAUGACGAGGACGAUGACCUCGAAGAUUGGAUGUCGAUUACCUCGCUAGACAGUUUCGACCAUGACAAGCCACGCAAGGGUCUGCAAGUGUCCAUCGGCAAAGGCAUCCGAAUCAAUAUGCCUCGCGAACUGGAUCCGAUUUUGCAUGGCCAGAAAUAUGUGGUGAGCGAGUACCCUGUGGAUCGCGAAGCAAGCGGAUCGCGUCGCCAGCGCAUCGUCGGCCAAAUGCGCCGAAGAUUUGAAGUGGCUCGUCGCGAUAUGGUUGUGUUUUAA